GGGCGAUGCUUGCUUGGGUCAAUGUUCAUCCCGAGGUUUUGAGCUCAGCCCAGCUGGAGAAGCGUGGAAUGGGUGGGGAGGCUCCGGGGAUUUGUAUCCAAGACAGGCUUCAUUUAGUCCCCAGCUCGGGGGAAAGUUAAACAUCGAUCGGGUUGUGUCCAACAAGCCCGAAAGGCACCACUGCGGGGCGUGAUUCCCCGAGAAACAUUCUUCCUGGAGGCAAAGGCAAUGGGGAUGCUCUUGGACCUCGAGAGCUUGUGAGCGACAGUGACACACUACAUAGUUACUAACAGUUCAGUCAGUGCCAGACACUGUGCCAAGGGCUUUAGGCCCCGAAGUGCCAGCCGAUCCCAGCAGAGAGCCGGGGCUGGAGUGAGGAAGACCUGAGUUCAAAUCCAGUCUCAGGCACUUAACUAGCUGUGGGACUCUGGGCAAGUCACUUAACCUGUGUGCCUCAGUUUCCUCAUCUAUGGCAUGGGGAUAACAUUAUAGCCCAUGUAGGCCAGGUUUGUUGUGAGGAUCAGACUGAGAUCUCAGCACCGUGCCUGGCACACAGCAGGCACUUCUAUAAAUGACACCCAUAUUUGUCAGGAGAUCCUGGAGGAAAGAAGUGAGGAGGAGGUGGUGGUGUUGCCUGCACCGGCUGGGGGUUCGCUCCCCUCUGGGCCUUCCCAUCAAGGGGCUCCCAAUGGCCUAUGGGCGCCAUCGCUCCUGGAGUCCCACUUCUGCCUUCCUGGGGAUCCAUCAGCAGAAAAGUCCACGUGAAGGCAAGGUCAGCGUCCGUCCGUGAUGGGGAGGAUCUGGGAGAGGAGGCAGCCCAAACUGGAAAGGGAAGAGCUAACAGGACCAAGAUGGCGCCCAAGUCUGAAGAAAAGGGAGGAGCUGGUAAAAGAAGCUGCUUUAAACCAAUCAAGAAGCCUUUAUUUAACAGCAGCCAGGAAGUGCAGUGGGCAGAGCUAGGCCUGGAGAAGGAAAGUCCUGGGUUCCAAUCUGACCUCGGCCACUUCCCAGCGGUGUGACCCUGGGCAAGUCCCUUGACCCCCAUUGUCUAGCCCUGACCACUCUUCUGCCUUGGAGCCAAUACACAGUAUUGAUUCCAAGAUGGAAGGGGAGGGUUUAAAAAAAAAAAAAAGCCUACAAUCUGCCAGGCAUGAGGGCUCCGGAGGCAAGUACAGUCUUCGAGGACUUUGCUUACAUUCUGCAGAUUAAUUGGGGGGCCUGGGAGGCCCCUUUGGGCUGUUAUUGUUGUGGUUAUUAAUAACCAUUCAUUAUCAUCUCACUUUUAAACCAGAAGCUCCUGGGAAGGGCCUCUACAGAUGGAGCCCAGGAGUGUGUCUGAAGGCGCUGCUAAGAGCUUCACAGACGUUCUUAGCUCACUCGGUCCCAUUUGGUCCUUGGGCCACCCUGGGAAAGCAGGCGCUUUCAUCCUCCCCUUUCACAUUUGAGGUCACAGAGGCAAACAUGUUAGCCCACUUGCCUGAAGCCCUACCGCUAAUAAGUAUCUGAGGCUGGAUUUGAACUCGGGUCUUCCUGACUGGGCUCUAUCCACUGUACGGUCUAACUGCCUUGAGCUCAGGCCUGUCUAUGAGGUCAUCUUUCUAUCCCUGCACCAGGUUGCCAACAACAACCAAAAUGAAUGAAUGAAUGAAUGAAUGAAUGAAUGAAUGAAUGAAUGAAUUAUUAAGCGCUUGCUCCGUAGGAUGCACUUUGGUAUCCGCUGGGCAUAGAGAGAGAAAAGGUGGCCCCUGCUCACAUUGUAACCCAGAAAGAAUAAAAUAAUAAUAAAAAUAAACAUGGAUAGGAUGACUCAUCCUUUGCAAAACCCGCACAUUCUGCACGAUCUCCGUGGUCAGCCAGAGAUACUCUCGUCCCGACUUUGCGGAUGCCGCCGCUGAGUCUGAGGAGGGUCACCGCCUGCCCGUGGUCUCACAGCUCUAAGAGUAGGAUUCACACUCAGGUCUUCGGACCCAACGUCCACGCCUGCGGUUCUGGGUAAUUUUAAUAGCAGGCACGAAAGAAAGAUCAGGAGCUCCGUCUCGGGCUCAAAUGCCUUCUGUGGAGUGCCUUGGUGGCGGGUCGCAGACUUCUGUGAAUGGUACAGAAUCAGGACAGACGUCAGUAACGGAGGGGGAGGGGGCUCAUCACUCCUGGGGGGCCGAGCGAGCCGCAGGGCCAGCGCCUUCUCUUCCGGCAUGGCUGUAACCCCUUCUGUGCCACUCCGCGGAAGUUGCUGCAAGAGCUGCGAGAUGGAAGAAUCGCAUUCUUAGAAGAGCCCAAGGCGACCCCUUUGGGGGGGAUGUGAAAAGCCUCAAGCUGCCUGCCAAGCGGCCCUUGCUGUUAAUUAUCCCAGGGAUUCGGAGGUGGGUAAAAGACAGAAAAGUGAUCGCGGGAAAGGUUAGGCACAAACAUGUGGAAGCAAACAGCCAUCAUCCAGUGCGGAACACAAGCCAAUGGCUGUUCGGCUGUGUCUGACGCUUGGUGGCCCCAUUUGGGGUUUUCCUGGCAGAGACACCAGAGUGGUUGGCCUUUUCCUUCUCUGGCUCAUUUUACAGAGGAGGAAACUGAGGCCAGCAGGGCUAAGUGACUUGCCCAGGGACACCCUGCUCAGAAGUGUCUUAAGUCGGUUGUGAACUCGGAAAGAUGGGUCUCCCGACGUCCAGGUCCAGCGCUCUCUUCACUAUGGCGCCACCUAGCGGCACCAUUAGAAACGACAACCUGGUCAGGGUCAGAGGCGACCCGGACGCCCAGUAAACAGAACCAGGAGAACCUUUACCCGUUUUGGAGAAACCCUGCUUUGAGAGACUUUAGAGCUCUGCUGCCAGGAUGAAGCAGGAGCCCAGAGGCCGGAGCCGAGUCCCCCGGGCGCCGCGGGUCCAGAGCGAGACCUCCCUUUGGGGGCCCCGGUCCGCGGGGAAUUUGCUUUGCUGGACGGAGAGCCCGUCAGGAGGGCUUUUUGUUCGGCUUUGUUUGGGCUCUGGGAGGCCCCGAGAGGGAGCGAGAGGCGGGAACUGCUCAGAAAAUAGCGUUUUCAAAGGACUCCGGAUAAUAGCGGUGGCCGCGCUGUAGAAGGCAAAGGCUGGAGUCGGGGAACUAGUGGGGGGAGCCCUGGCAGAGACGCUCACACAGCGCUCCUGGGUCCCUUCGGAACAGCCCAGGCUAACCUCAUCCGCUUUCUCCGAGGGCUACCAGAAGGGGAGGCGCGUCCUAUGAUGGAUCUCUACAACCACGGCCAAGAGGACGGGUGCCUGGAGGGGACCCUCCGCCUUUGGGCCUGUCCCCUUCCAUAGUUUGAUGAAUGGCUUCAAGACACCGAAAGCAACGGAAAGAAUGCUAGAUAGGGCACCAGAGGGUCUGGGUUCAAAUUCUGGUCCCUGCUUGCUCCCUGGGUCCCCUUGGGAAAUGCCAAGCUCCCUGAGACUCAGUUCUGUAUCCACAAAUUCUAAGUGAGGUGGGAUCAAGGGGGCACUCGAGGCCCUUCCAGUUCUAUGCUGGGAAACAUUUGGACGACUGAGAGCUGGGAGGAAGGGAAAAUUCACUGCAUGGUGGUGGGACCUUCGAGGGUCUCAGGAGGUUGGAAUGAUGCAUUCACCCAAUAUAGGAAGAAUUUAAAGAUAGUCUGGCACUGAAAUUUAACAAAUUGACUCCCCAGAGACAGCUACAGGACUCAGUGGUAGAAAGCCAGGCCUGGAGACAGGAGGUCCUGGGUUCAAAUUUGACCUCAGACACUUCCUAGCUGUGUGACCCUGGGCUAGUCCCUUCACCCCCAUUGCCUAGCCUUUACUGCUCUACUGCCAUGGAGCCAAUAGACAGUAUGGAUUCUAAGACAGAAGGGAAGGGUUUAAAAAAAAAAGUAAGUUCUUUCAUCACUGAAAUCUGGCCAUUGAGCUUCCUGCAGAUUUUCAGUAAUUGGGACUUUACAUGGAAAGUCAGUCCAACUUGCUUCUGGAUUCCUCUAUUCAUAGCAAUGUCUUCCUUCUUGUUAAAAAAAAAAGUGUCCUUGAGACCUUCACCUCUCAAUUCUAGCUCUGCCUUCUUCACAAUAGAACUCUAUUUCUUCUUUCACAUAGCAACCCUCGAUGUUGGCUCCCAUGUUUUUCCUGUCUUUCUUUUCCCAAGAUAAAUAUUUCUCCUUUCCUAGCUUUUCAACCUUUAACCUUCUUGGCCACAACUCUGGACUCUUAGACAUUCUUUUGUUUGUCACUGUUUCUUUUAAAGUAGGUUGUUCCAAUUUGGAAUCGGACCCAAAGGGCUAUAAAACAAUGCACAUCCUUUGAUCUUGUAACACCACUAUUGGGUCUGUAUAUGGGAGAAUUAAAAAAAAGGGGGGAAGUGGGGAGGACCUCCCUGUACAAAAAUAUUUCGAGCUGCUCUUUUUGUUGUAGCAAAGAAUUGGAAAUUGGGGGGCUGUUCAUCGACUGGGGAUGGUGAUGGAAUACUCUUGUGCUCCAAGGAAUGAUGAACCGAUGCCUUCAGAGAGAGCCAGAAAGACCUCCAUGAACGGAUGCAGAGUGAAAUGAGCAGAACCGGGAGAACAGGGGACACAGAACAGCAAUAUUGCUCAGUGAUCCAACGUGACGGACGUGGCUAAUCUCAGCCAUACAAAGAUCCAGGACAGUUCUGAGGGACUCAGGACAAAGACUGCUCUCCACCUCCAGAGAAAGAGCUGUUGGAGAUGGAAUGCAGAUGGAAGCAGAAGAUUUUUCACUUGCUUAUUUGGGUUUCUAUUUGGGGGUUUUGGUUCCAUACGAUUAUUCACUUACAAAAAUGAACAAUAUAGAAAUGUUUGGGGUGAUAAUAUGUGUAUAACCGGGGAUGGGGGGGGGCUGUCAUGCCAGAAUAACGUGACAUAUACGAUAAGUAAAAAACAAAAAUAAAAUAGAUAGCCUCAAACCGAAGGAGUAUCGUACGUGUUGUCUGCUGGGGCCAGAAUAACAGACGACUACGACCUCCCUUCAUCGUAGCACUGUGCUUCUUUACUGUGGCCCUACAUGAUAUUGGAGCUAUUUUUUUAAUCUGGGCUACACUGAUACCUCCUGCAGAUAUCAUGGGACUUUAAAGCCUUUUAUUAAAACAUCCUUUACCGUAUACCUUAGUAUCAACUCCAAAACAGAGGAGGGGCAAAGGCUGGGUAAUCAGGGUUAAGGGACUUUAGGUCUAGCCUUUCCUCUUUGAGCCACUGUCAAGCCAGAUCCUCAGCCAUCCUUUGAGUUUCUGAACCUCAAUUGAGAACCGUUUGUCAAGUUCUGAUUGAUUUUGUCUUGUUAGUCCAGGCAACCUCUUCUUUUCAGACCCUUCCCUUCCCUCUUGGAAUCAACACUAAGUAUAUGUUCCAGGGCAGAAGAGGGUAAGGGUUAGGCAACUAGGGUCAAGUGACUUGCCCAGAGUCACCCAGCUAGGAAGCAUCUGAGGUCGGAUAUGAACCCAGGACUUCCCAUCUCCAGCUCUGGGCCUCCAUCCACUGAGCCAUCAGCUGUCCCUGCUCCAAGACAUUUGAAAUAUUCAUUCUAUCACCCAGCUAUUAGUGCUGUCCCCCAACUUGGUGCCAUGUGUACACGGGAUGAGUGUCUCAUCGGUUUGAGGAUGGAAAAGGCCAGGGGGGAGCACUGAGCCUGAGAUGACCCUGGGCUACAUUCACGGAUCCUCGAGAUGCAGCCCUUAAAGCCCAACGGACAGGACGAGGCACCUGCAGGCCAGGUCAAAGAAGGGGUCUUGAGUUGGGACUUAGAGGAAGCUGCGGAGGUCAGUAUCAGAGAAAUACUCACUAAAUGCUCCUCAUCCGUAUUUAAUGGAGGUCUGGAGAGGUCAAAGAAGCCAGGACCCGUGUGAAGGAGCACCAGCCUCUGAGGCAGUUUUCUUGAGCUUCUAAUGCCCCCCUACGUCCCCAGUUCUAAAUCCCAUGAACUCUGAGCUGAAGCUGGAAAAAAUGAGCCCGGCUGGCUCUGUGCUGCCCCCAGUGACCCAGAGGCAUCGGAACAACUUGUCUUCAAGUCCAGAAGUUGGGCAGAGUAAACCAUUCUCAGUGAUCCCUGCCUCCUAAAGUGGGGAGAAGUAACCCUAGCCCAAGUCCAGAGGACCAGGUAGGGGGUCUUGGGAGUGGUGCAGCAGAUAGGAGAUAGGGGCCUGAAUUCAAAUCCAACCACUGACCCAUAACUGUGGCCCCAAGGAAGUUGCUUCACUGCUGCCGGCCUCAGUUUCUUCAUCCGUAAAACAGAUUGUUUCACAUUUGUCUGUAUCACUAGCCCCUGGCCUCUGGAAUAGGUGCUUGGAAGUGCCUCAAUGGUUGGUCUUCCAUUUUCAUUUUUUAAACAUCUGAUAUUUCUUGCAUCAUAAGGGCAGUGAGGUGGUUUGAUGGACAGAGAGAUGGGAGGUCCUGGGUUCAAAUACAGCCAUUCUAGCUGGGCAAGUGGGCCCUGAGCAAGUCACCUAGCCCCCACUGCCCUUAGAAUCAAUGCAUCGUAUGGAUCCUGUGCUUCGUCCUUCUGCCGGUGCAGGCAGCCACCCCUCUUCAGCCCAGUGGAAGGGCUUUGAGAGCUGCUGUGGCCAAAGCAAUGAGUCCUGCUUGGACUGGUCCUUGGGCUCGGUCUUUCCUGCUUGGGAGGGGUGGGGGGCAUCAGCGGCAUCAGCAGCAUCAGCGGGCGCUGUGGUUCUGAAGAUGAGAAGGGAACCGACACUUGUUCCUGGGUUUCAAGGCCACAGAUGAAGGGGAAGCUGAAGCAAGAUUAGUCAUCUGCAAAAUGGGCCGACUGACCCGGAACGUCUUAAAGGCCUGGUUAUGAAGCAAACACGUGCAGAGACUCCUAAGUGAUGGUCUUCGGUCUCCUAAGGAAGCAUCUGGUCCGUCCCCCUCCUGCUUCUCCUCCCGUCCCCCUCGUCCCCCCUCUCCCCCAUCACCUUCAGGAUAACACACAAGAGGCGUUUAAAACCCUCCAGUUCCACCUGCUUUCCUAGUUUGGUUCCCUCUUCGGCCUCCUCUCACACUCUAGGACCAGCCCAAAAGGCUUUAAUUGUGGUUCUGCAUACUUGACCCGCCAUCUCCCGCCUCCACACCUUUGCAGAAGCUCCCCCCACCCAUGCCCUCAAUGUUUUUCUUCUUGCCCUCCGCCCCUAGGCGCCUCGCCCUCCCUUCUUAGUCUGGUCAAAGGCCACCUCCUCCUACACAAGGCCUUUCUGGACUCCCCAGGGGCUGGGCAGCAAAGCUUGGACCAGCUCCCAGAACUGCCUGCCCAGCUCUCCUCCCUCCUAUCCCAUUUGCCGGCCUUUCCCCCGGUGACCACGCCACUCGACCGCCUCACCAAUGGGAGAAGAGCAGAGGCGGAGGCUCAACCACCGAUGACCAAUAAGAAAGCAUCUCGAGGCCGGAGACGUUCAGGAACUGUUAAAAGCGCGCCUUGGGAGUAGAAGGAGCGAAGGGAGGAGCUGGCGCCGGCUCGUCCAAUCGGGGAGAGCGGCGCAAACUAGCCGAGGGCCUGCGGCCAAUCAGGAGAAGCGUUGAUCUCGUCUUGUUGUGCUGCCGGACUCCGACUUGGGAACGGCAGGGCUUCGGGAAGAGGCUGCCAGGGAGAGGAACGAAGGCGCGGGUCCCGCAGGGAGGCCCGACCCGGGGCCGCCAACGUUGCCACAGUCGCGGCCACCUGGGUCUUGGCCUUGACGUCACCGCUAGCCCCUGCUGGGGGUCGCGCAUGCGCCGUGGACCGCAUGGAGCAGGCUGGCUCCUCAACGUGCCCGGAGUCCCCAGAGCCUGAAGAGCCAGGGGAACACUUUCUCUACUUCGCUUACGGCAGCAACUUGCUCAAGGAGCGCCUGCAGUUGCGGAAUCCCUCGGCUGAGUUCUGCUGCGUGGCCAGACUGCAGGAUUUCCGGCUGGACUUUGGGAACUAUCAGGGCGUGACGAGCCCCUCGUGGCACGGCGGCAUCGCCACCAUCGUGCCCAGCCCGGGGGACGGCGUGUGGGGCGUCGUGUGGAAGAUGCACGCCAGGAACAGGAGCUCCCUGGACAAGCAAGAAGGCGUCAGCAGCGGCACCUACGUGCCCAUCCAGGUGGACGUCCGCAGCCUCGAAGGGGACGUCCUGACCUGCCGCAGCUACCAGAUGCUCAACUACGAGCCGGCGCCACCCUCGCCGCAGUACAAGACGGUCAUCUGCAAGGGGGCCAGACAGAAUGGGUUGCCACCGGACUACCAGAGGAAGCUCGAGGACAUCGAGACCAAUGACUACAAGGGGCCGGUGAAGGUCCUCCAGGAGAUCGAAGCCAUCAUCAAUGAGACGCUCUAGCGCGGUGCGUCCCUGAGCCAAGGGUUUGCCGCCCAUUUAGUUCCUCUCCGGCCACUUGUGCAUCCCCCCCACCUGCGGUCACGUGUCCAGGCAUUCUCGCCAUGUCCAUAGAUCUGUGCCAGUCUCUGACGUGCUGCUGCUCCUCCGAGCACUCUGCACAGCUGGCCAUGAAAGUCGUGAGAUGCCAAAGAACUGGACGUGGGGCAGCCAGGCAGCUCGGGGGAUGGAGAGGGCCCAGAAAGGGGAGGUCCCGGCUUCCAGUGUGCCCUCGAACAGUUCCUGGUGGGGCAGGGAAGUCAUGGAGCCCCCGUGGCCUGCCCCUUGGCCUUGGAACUGACGUCUGGUGGGGUUCUGAGCGGAGAGGGAAGGGUUAAAAAAAGGAAUCGCUCCUCUUGAAGUCCUCUCCGGACUUCUUGCCCCACAAGAAGGGGACAGACAGACAGCCUUUCUCUCAGACGUGCUUCCAGCCGCUUUUCCUCGUGAGAUUGCUGUGGUAGACAGCCGUUUUGGUAAUAAAAUAAACGUGAAUGCUCUGCUGGAAGAACA